AUGGACGUUGUAGUGGUUCGCGAGUCGUUCACUGUGAAUGGGUUGUACAAGGUCGCCUGGCUUGGCAGGACAGUACUGAGAGGCUGCCUGUCAACUGCACUGCGGGCCGUGCAACUGCUCUAUAAGGUGUUUCUGGUAUUGCUUCGCGGUGUUGUUUCCGUCCUGCGCGGCGUGGUAUACGCUCCCGUUGCAAUUGUGGGGAAGGUGUGGUUCCAGUUCGUGACAUUGCCCGCUAAUGUGCCGCUGUACCUGUUUUGGAACACUUCCGUGCAGUCCAUGAAACGAUCCGUGCAGAGUUCCAACUGGUGGAACACGUACAUCUUCACGGCAGUCUUACAGUACAGUAUUGCGAUCGUUGUGUUUGGGGUGCUCAUUGGUGUGACCGUGGGUGGGUCGCUCGGGCUGAUGCACAGUUUCUGCGGCGUGCCCAACUACAUCGUCGACGUCACUAGCUGGAUGUACCGGUUGAAAGAUUACCUGAUGCAAAGGGUACACCGGUUAUGGGCCCAGUUCAAGUCGAAAGUGGAAGAGGUCCCAAUUGCGAAAGUAUGGGCCUGGAGAAUGUUUACCCCAGCUAUAUUGCAAAACGCUCCCAAGACUCCCCUGAAACCCAUGAGCAUGGCAUCUUCGCGUGGGAGUACGGGUACUAUCCACAGCAGAAGAUCAAGGAGAAUGUCUGGGGAUCCGCUGGCGAAAGUGAAAUCUAAGGAGGAGCAAUUACACUUGGCCUCCGCUCUCCCCAGCGACUUCUUCCAAAGCGAUACGCGUACGUUGCAUGCGACAUACCAGACACCACCAGCAUCACCGUUCACCAACACAAUGUCCGGGGAGUCAGACUUAUGGGACACCGAGGACACUUUGCGGUACUCGACGCUAAGAACACAAGAGAACGAGGAACUCGCUCAUGGAAGUCCAGAUGCAAGUCUCAAACAACGCAGGAAACAUCGUGCUGCGAGCAAAUCGUGA